UUCCCGGACGCUCUGCUGCAGGACGAGGAUCGCGGCUUCUUCCCCGGCAUGGAGGACAUGUUCGGGCCGCCGCCCGAGGAUUUCCCCAAGGCCGGCGAGGAAGAGGAGGAGGAGGACGGCAGCAACGCCGGGGCCGGGCUGGAAGGGCGAGGAGAAGGCCUGAAACCCCCUCCUCCGUACGACAUGGGGCAGAGCUACCCCUCCUUCUGCCCCCAGGACGGAGGAGCCGGCGGGGACCCCCCUCAGCUGGGCUUGGAGCCCCCCAAACACGAGCUGCCCUCGACGGUCAACGCGGAGCCGCUGGGUUUGAUCCAGAGCACGGGCGAGGGGGGUCCCAAACCCCCUCCUCCUCCUCCUCCUCCUCCUCCUCUCAGCACCCCUUUAUUCUGCUCCUCCAAACCCAAAAAGCUGCUGAAAACCUCCUCCUUCCACCUGCUGAGGAAGAGGGACCCCUUCCCGCCCCCCAAAAAAACCUACGCGCAGGAGUACGAGUUCGAGGACGACGAGGACAAGGCGGACGUGCCGGCCGACAUCCGCCUCAACUCGCGGCGUCUCCCCGACCUCCUCCCCGACCUCAUCUCCAGCUGCCGCCGGCCCCCGCUGACGCCCAUGGGCGACAUCGAUUUCUGUCCCCACCCCGGAGCUCACGCCGCCCCCAAAAAGAGAGGGAGGAAACCCACCAAGCCCAAGAGGGAAGGACCCCCCAGGCCGCGGGGGAGGCCGAGGAUUCGGCCCCUGGAGCCGCCCGGUUUCCCCGACGGAGCCAAGAGGCCGAGGGGGAGAGGGAGAGGAAGGGGGAAGAAGGGAGGAGAGGAGGGAGAAGGGAUGGAGCCGCUGAAGCCGCUCAAGAUCAAACUGGCC